AUGGUUCAGACUUGCUCAGCUUACGGCUGUAAAAACCGGUAUCAUAAAGAUAAAGAAAUCUCCUUCCACAAGUUUCCCCUAGCGCGUCCAGACAUCUGUACUAAAUGGGUGGCAGCAAUGAGGAGGAACAAUUUCAAGCCAACGAAGUACAGUAAUAUUUGUUCACAGCACUUUACUAAAGACUGCUUCAAAAGAGAGUGCAACAACCGUGUGCUGAAGGAGAGUGCUGUUCCGUCGCUUUUUGACUUCAAUCUCGACAUCAAGUCGGAGUGCCUGGAGGAUCCAUUUCCUUCUGAGAUCCAUUUCCCCCUCUCAUUCCCUUUGACCUCUGACACCGUCAUGGAGGAGGUGGAGUCUGAGCCUGUAAGAAGUUCACCUGACACCCCUAGUGACACAGUGGUGGUCUCUUGCGACCAUAACUAUACGGCGGAGGACUCUGCACGGCAAAAAAAGCGAAUUCAGCAGCUGGAAGAGCAGCUGGAGGUACUGAGGAAGAAACUGAAAACAACGCAGCAAAAGUGUCGCCGUCAGGAGAGGCAGCUCAAAAGCCUGAGGGUUUCUUGCAAGACAGUCAGGACAGCUCGCGACGCACCAACUGCCUUCAGCGAGGGCUAUGUCAUUUUACCAAAACACAUUUACCACAUGCUCAAAGGCAUCGAGUGA